UCUCUGUCUCGUCCACACACUUGUUAUCAGCCACAACAAUGGCUCUCACAGGAGACCGAAUUCUCUGCAACAGCUCGACAAAAAUACCGUACACCCAACUCCCUUUUCGCCGUCCAUUCUUACUUCCAUCUUCUUCUUCAACAACAUCUUGGUCUCAGGGGAGAAGAAGUAGUCAAUUCACUGUGUUAGCUGCAAAGAAGUUCACUUCAGGGAAAAACAAGAGAAGUUCAAUUUCAACGAAAGAACCAGUAAAAGAAGAUGAAGAUUUUGUCAAGGUUAAUAUUGCUAUUGGUAGUGAAGAUGGGGGUGCAACUGCGGCCAUGGAUGAUGGGUUUGUGAUGCCACAGCUUCCUGGACUAGAGACUGACUUUUGGGAAGGUCCUCAAUGGGAUGGUUUUGGAUUCUUUGUUCAGUAUAUGUGGGCUUUUGGCGUUCUCUUUUCGCUAAUUGCAUGUGGUAUUGCUGUGGCCACAUAUAACGAUGGAGCAACAGAUUUCAAGGCUACUCCUGUGUACAAGGAAGCAAUUCAAUCACGAGAACUUCUUGAAGAACCAGAGGCUUCUAACUCGGAUGUAUUCGAGUCAAAUCCAACUGAAGAGGCACCUAGUUUGGAAUAGAUAAGUUUACUAAGUUGAUCACUUCAAAUGAAGGAUUCUCAUUUCUGUCUUCAUAUUGUGAUAAUUACAGAAGUUCCAGCUAAGAGUACCCAACUCAGAUUCUAAGUCUCUUACAAGCUGGAAUGUAGUCGUCUUUUAUACUUUCAAUCCAUGUGACAUUGAAGCGCAAAGUAUACUGAAGAAAGUAUUGAACUUAAAUCUUUAGUUUCAUCUACAAGUCCAAAGUUUUAUGCAACUGGUAUUUCAUCUUAUACAAUUAUGUGUUAAUUUUAA